AUGCGGGCAGGGUUACUCCGUCAACUACGCGAGGAGAUAGCCCAGCAAUUACGAGAAGAGAUUAGGCGUGAAAUGCAUGCAGAGCAAAAUCAGCCCUCUACACAGCAGCAACACCAAGAGACCAACCGAGAUACCUACGAGCGAAAUGCGGAGAUUAGAAAACCAACUACUUUGAAUGGAAGAGACAACUAUACCACAUGGCGCGAUUCAAUUCAAAUGGAUGCCCAUAUGAUCGAGGCUAAGGAAAUCCUUGAUCAAAUCAAGCCACCAGACGGCAAUGAAAUCGAUAUUGCCAGAUGGCAGACGAAGAAUGAGAUCCUACAUACAAGGAUUCUCCAAACGAUUGCAUCCCAUGUUCGAGAAACAAUCAGCUGA